AUGAUAAAACCAUUCGGUAAAAUACCGCGCAAGCCCUCAGAAUCAUUCUAUAAUGAUUCGAACGGUGAUGGAGGGUUCAAUGGUGGUUUGUCACUGAAACCAUCUUAUGGGCUAAAUUCCAAUACCCCCUUGAAACUCAAUUCAGUUUCUUCAAAAUUUUCAAAUUCUGGUUCAGGUGGGUCUCGUUCUGGGAAUGGGACUAUUGCACAAUACUCAACUAAUCAAGCUAAGAAAUCAGCUCCUUCAAUUGUGAUCCCAGCGGGUUCAGUGAUGGCUCCUGCAGUUUAUGGGGCUUUGCCAAGUUUCAGGGCUGUCCCUAGCUCAGAAAAGCAGAGUCUUUUUAUUAGAAAGUUAAAUAUGUGUUGUGUUGUGUUUGAUUUUAAUAAUCCUUCCAAGCAUCUCAAAGAAAAGGACAUCAAGCGGAAAACUUUAUUUGAGCUUGUUGAUUAUGUUUUGUCUGUAAAUUCAAAGUUCAAUGAGGUAGCAAUGCGGGAGAUGACGAAGAUGGUGGCAACCAAUUUAUUUCGUGCUUUACCGUAUUCCAAUCAUGAUGGUAAGCUCACAGAAAUUUGUGAGCCUGAAGAAGAGGAACCUGUUAUGGAACCGGCAUGGCCUCAUCUGCUGAUUGUGUAUGAAUUUCUCUGCAGAUUUGUGUCUUCACCUGAGACAGAUGCUAAGCUUGCUAAAAGAUACAUUGAUCAUUCAUUUGUGUUGAGGCUGCUUGACCUUUUUGACUCGGAGGAUCAAAGAGAGAGGGAUUACCUGAAGAUUAUUCUCCACCGUAUAUAUGGGAAGUUCAUGGUGCAUCGGCCAUUCAUUAGAAAUGCUAUCAGCAAUAUCUUUUACAGGUUUAUAUUUGAGACAGAGAAACACAGUGGGAUUGCAGAGUUGUUAGAGAUAUUUGGUAGCAUAAUUAAUGGAUUUGCUUUGCCUUUGAAGGAAGAGCAUAGGUUGUUCCUUGUCCGAGUACUGAUCCCCCUUCACAAGCCCAAGUGUGUCUCUAUUUAUCAUCAGCAACUUUCUUAUUGCAUUACUCAGUUUGUCGAGAAAGAUGUCAAGCUAGCUGAUAAUGUGGUUAGAGGGCUUUUGAAAUAUUGGCCCACAACUAACAGUGCAAAGGAGGUAAUGUUCCUUGGUGAGUUGGAGGAAGUUUUAGAGGCAACUCAAGCAGCAGAAUGUCAGCAAUGUGUUAUCCCAUUAUUUCGUCAAAUUGGUAGAUGCCUCAACAGUUUACACUUUCAGGUAGCUGAACGAGCACUGUUUCUGUGGAACAAUGAUCAUAUUCGAAAUAUGAUCUUACAAAACUGCAAAGUGAUACUGCCGAUAAUCUUCCCUGCUUUGGAGAAAAAUAUACGGGGCCAUUGGAACCAAGCUGUUCAUAGUUUGACCCUGAGUGUGAGAAAAAUAUUCUUCGAUGCUGAUCAGGCACUUUUUGAUGCAUGCUUGAUGAGAUUCCAAGAUGAUGAAAUCAAGGAUAGGGAGAAGCUGGAGAAGCGAGAAACCACAUGGAAACAAUUGGAGGAUGUUGCAGCAUCUAAGGCUGUUAGCAACGAGGCUGUCCUUGUCUCGAGGUUUGUGGCAUCUGUUUCCAUUGCUACCAGUGCAAGUCAACCGGCUACUACAGUUAGUUGAGAGCCAUCA